AUGGAAAAGAUCAACUGCACGAUUCCUGUCUAUAGCAUGUGUCGUUGUGGCGAGACUUUUUAUGUUGGAGGAGGUGGAGGAAGUUGUCACAGUGGUGUUAAAAAUGGGAUUGUGAAAGUUUCAAGCAAACCACAAAAAGGCGAUUUUCACGAGACUGGUGGCGACGCCGUUUCCUGUCUGAUAUCCCUCAAACAAGGAGAAAAGGAAUAUUUUGUGUAUAGCACAAAUGAGUUUUUGAAUAUAUCAGAUGUUCAAUUUGAGAGUUGUCAGCGCUACAAAGCACUUGAUGUUGAAGAUGCUGAAGAGAAUAUGAUCGAGGCGAAAUGUUUCUACUACGACGAGAAAAGAAAGUUUCUCUAUGUUGGUUGGAGUAGUGGAGAAAUCCAGAAAUGGAGUGUUGAGGCAAAGACCCUCACAAAAGUCCAAACGUUUGCCCAUGAGAUUAAAAAUGUCGUCAAUGCUCUCUGUGUCAAUACGACUGCUUUAAUGUGUACAACUCACGACAGAUUUCUGGCAAUAUUUGAUCUCAAGAGUGGGGACCUUGUCAAGAAAGUGUUUCCUGAAGAUUUGAACAAGAAGUGGGAUAACAAAAUAUUUUGGGGUGUUGCCUGCAACAACGAAACUAUUUUUGUUGGAAUGAUGCAACCCAAAACACCUUCAUACUUUGUCGCUUUGGAUAAGGAAGAGUAUAAAAUGAAGAAAUUGGUGUAUCUCUCCAAAUUCCAAAUAUCGUCUGGGUUUUCUGUGAAUGAAAUAGAUAAUGUCGCGUCGGUUGGAACGAAUGAUGGAACAGUUGUGCUUGUCGACUUAAAAGAAGCGAAAACAAUUUGUGAGAAACGUCACCAUAACUUCAUUGUGACUGACACCAUGUGUGAAAAGGAAAAAGUAUUCAGCGUAUCGAAUGACUAUAACUUUGUCAGCUCACCUGUCCCAAAGUACGAACUCUUUCCAGUUAUUGUCAUAUUCAUUAUUAUGUGCAUCGUACUUUACUUGUUCACCAAAUUAUUCUCGAAUUAUUAA